AUGGGUACACUUGCCCAAGAGAUGUUACUCGAGUCAGUGGAGGUAGAACUAGAAGUGGUUGGCGCAGGCAUGAAACGAGGCAGAACCAUACUUAUGCCGAAAACAGUUAAGCUUUUUUGGGAGCUGGGAAGUGGGGACACAGGAGCCUUGCAGUCAGCAGCUCAUUCACUUGAGGACAAAAGUGUGUUGAGGCUAUGGUCAGAGACAGGCAUCAAAACUAAUGGUCAUUACAAAUUUCCCAUACCGUUCUGUAAUGAGAACAUGGAACCCCCAAACAACAAGGCCGUGGCGGAGCGUCGACUAGAUGGGCUUCGAAGGAGACUAUCCAAGGACGCACGGCUGCGACAAGGAUACGUAGAGGAAAUAAAUAAACUGUUUGCUGAAGGAUAUGCUGAAUCAGUGCCUAAGUGCCAGUUGGAGUCACAUACUGGACUGGUCUGGUAUCUGCCUCAUCACCUGGUGUUGAACCCAAAUACGCCAAACAAAGUACGCAUAGUUUUUGACUGUGCAGCCAAACACAAAAGGACAUUGCUGAACGACCAGGUACUACAAGGUCCAGACUUCAACAACAAAUUAAUUGGAGUCCUGUUUAGGUUUUGCCAAGGAACUACAGCCAUCAUGGCAGAUGUGGAGGCUAUGUACCAUCAAAUCCAUGUAGCGCCAGAACAUCGAGAUGCGUUAAGAUUCCUCUGGUGGGAGAAUGGGGACCUGAGUAGAGAGCCAGUAACUUACACAAUGAAGGUGCACAUCUUUGGUGGGGUGUGGAGCCCUUCAUGUGCAACUUACGUUCUCCGGCGCACAUUUCAAGACCACAGAUCCGAGUUUCCCGACAUGGUGGCGCAAGCGGAAGUCAACUUCUACGUUGACGACCUGCUCGUGUCGCUGGACUCAUCAAAUGAAGCAUCAAUGUUAGCGUGUCAGCUUCGAAGACUGUUGGCGUGUGGAGGAUUUCGGUUAACUAAGUGGGCCAGUAAUCACAAAGGAGUGUUGGCUACCAUCCCACCGGAGGAGAGGCAAAAUGCACUGAAGGAAAUUGAUCUGAGGCAAGACAAAUUGCCAAUGGAGCGAGCCCUGGGGGUUAGGUGGCUCCUGGAAGGUGAUCAGCUCGCCAUCAAGGUGCAAUCAAACUCAAGGCCAGCGACCAGGAGAGGAGUACUAAGCCUGGCUGCUUACGGUGCGGUGACCUAUCUGAGAAUGGUAGACUCUGGCGGAAGUAUCCAGUGCUCUUUCGUGUAUGGACGGGCCAAGCUGGCCCCACUCAAGCAACUGACAAUACCAAGGCUGGAACUUUGUGCAGCUGUCCUGGCAGUGAACGCUGAUCGAACGAUUCGCCGAGAAAUGACCAUGACCAUACACGAAUCUUAUUUUUGGACGGAUAGCAUGCUAGUCUUGCAGUACAUCGCCAAUUCGAGCAGACGAUUUCAAACGUUUGUAGCCAACAGGAUAGCAGUCAUACAAGAGCUGUUAAGAACUGACCAGUGGAGACAUGUCGGCACAUCGCUGAACCCAGCAGAUGAUGCAACUAUGGGAUUACCUGUCCUGGACCUGGUUGCAGGAUCUCGGUGGAUACGAGGUCCUGACUUUCUACUCAGUGUUGAAGAACGGUGGUCAAAGGGAAAGGAACUGCCAGCAGUUCUGAACGACUUACUGGAGGUGAAACGAGAAGUACACCAGAGAUCUGUAGUUGCUCUGGCAGUGAGCGAGCAGUCAAAGUGGUCCCUCGCCAAACUGUGGCUCAGGUACUCAUCAUGGUACCGCUUGGUGAAAGGGGUGGCAUGGAUUAAAAGGUUCAUUUGGUGGCUAGGAUCCAGUACAAGGACCGCAGACCUGCGCCUCAAACUGAAGAGGCUAAGCACUGAGGAACUACAGUCGGCUGAGCAGACAAUUAUAAGAUUAGUGCAGAAAGAGGCUUAUGAGAAAGAAAUCCAAACUGUCAUAAAGGGUGAGCUGCCGAAGGACAAUAAGCUAUAUAAACUGGAACCUUACUUGGACGAGCGAACGUUGCUCAGAUCAAAGGGAAGAAUUAAAGGAACCCUUCUUGGGCGAAGUGGUGAGGAGCCAAUCUUGCUGCCUAGAGACCACCACAUCACCGAAAUCAUACUGCGGGAGAUGCAUGAAGAGAGAGCCGGACAUGCUGGACGAGAACACACGAUGGCGUGUGUGAAGCAAAGGGCUGUUCAUCUAGAAGUCUUGGCCUCAUUAGACGCAGAUGCCUUCCUCAACGCAAUAACAAGGUUCUCACGAUGCAGAGGUGCACCAGAGCGUAUUAGGUCGGAUAAUGGGACAAACAUGGUACGGGCAGCCAAGGAGCUCAAACUAGCAGUGAAAAUUUGGGAGCAAGAUGACAGACUCAGAGGUGCCUUACUGAAAGCAGACAUUGACUGGGUCUUCAAUCCACCAGCUGCCCCAUACAUGGUGGGAGCAUGGGAAAGGCAGAUUCGCACAGUAAAGAAGGUUGUGCAGGCUAUUGUGGGCUCACAAGUUUUAGACGAUGAACGUCUGCAAACACUGUUCUGUGAAGUGGAAGCCAUAGUUAACGAGAGGCCAAUCACCCUGGUUCCAAACACUCCAAGUGAACCAAAGGCUCUCACGCCUGCUGAUCUUUUGCACUUAAGACAAGAGGGUAAUCUUCCCUUAGGUGGAAGGUCAAUAGGCGAAUCAUACCACAGAAGGUGGAAGCAUGUCCAGUACCUUGCAGAUCAAUUUUGGAAGCGCUGGCUGACGGAGUACCUCCCUCAACUCAGAACUUGA